CGGCCUAAACACGGCAGAAGAAGGGGAGAAGAAAACACAAAGAAAAACCCAAAACAAGUAAAAACGCUGCCAGAAAAAGAAAAGAAAAUCCUCCUAGAUCUUUGGUUUUAGCAGAAGCUAAAAAGGGUUUCUUCAGUUUUCUUUCCAUAUCUCUUCCCACCGAUUUCUCAGCCGAAAAUCGGACUGUUGAAGGGUCCAAAAGCUUAUUGCGGCUUCUGGGUUUUCUUGGGUGUUUUUGCUUCUUGAAGACGUUUUCUGAAAAGUAGAAGUUGUACCGAAGACAACCCAGGAGGAAAAAGUUCGUUUCGGUUGUUGGGUUUGAUCUUGAACGGAGGUUCAAGAGAAGUGGGCCCAAGAAGAGGAAAGGAAUUGCAAAUUAGGAAAAUCAGUGUGUACUUGGAUCUCUGGUGGCUGAGCUGUUCUUGGCUUUGAAAGAAUCGGAAGCCGAGGUUUCCGAUUCGGAUUAAGCCAAUCAAGAUGGCUAGCUCAGUCAGUUUAGGCAAUGGAUCUCUUGUUUGGGUGGAGGAUCUUGAUGCAGCUUGGAUAGAUGGGGAAAUUGUUGAAGUCAAAGGUGAAGAGAUCAGGGUUCUUUGUACUUCAGGGAAGACAGUUGUUGUCAAGGCUUCUAAUGUCUAUCCCAAGGAUUCUGAAGCACCACCAUGUGGAGUUGAUGAUAUGACAAAGCUGGCCUAUUUGCACGAACCAGGAGUUCUACAAAAUUUAAAAUCCAGAUAUGAUAUAAAUGAAAUAUAUACGUACACAGGAAGUAUUUUAAUCGCUGUGAACCCUUUUAGAAGAUUACCACAUUUGUAUGAUAGCCAUAUGAUGGCACAGUAUAAGGGGGCAGCUUUUGGUGAACUGAGUCCGCAUCCUUUUGCUGUUGCAGAUGCUGCAUACAGACAGAUGAUUAAUGAGGGAAUAAGUCAGUCAAUUUUGGUUAGUGGUGAAAGUGGUGCUGGUAAAACAGAAAGCACGAAGCAGCUUAUGCGCUAUCUGGCUUACAUGGGAGGAAGAGCUGCAGCUGAGGGAAGGACUGUUGAGCAGAAAGUCCUGGAGUCCAAUCCUGUUCUAGAAGCAUUUGGUAAUGCAAAAACCGUCAGAAACAAUAACUCAAGUCGUUUUGGUAAGUUUGUGGAGAUUCAAUUUGACAAGAAUGGAAGGAUUUCUGGAGCUGCUAUCAGAACUUAUCUGCUUGAGAGAUCUCGUGUUUGCCAAGUGUCUGAUCCUGAGAGAAAUUACCAUUGUUUCUACAUGCUUUGUGCUGCACCACCGGAGGAUAUUAAAAGAUACAAAAUGGCAAAUCCAAGAUCAUUUCAUUAUCUAAAUCAAACAAAUUGCUACGAGUUAGAUGGGAUUGAUGAUGCUAAAGAUUACAUCGCAACAAGGAGUGCGAUGGAUGUCGUUGGAAUAAGUCCUGAGGAGCAGGAUGGAAUUUUUCGAGUUGUGGCUGCAAUUCUGCAUUUGGGAAAUAUUGAUUUUGUGAAGGGGAAGGAAAUGGACUCGUCUAUGCCCAAAGAUGAAAAAUCUUGGUUCCAUCUGAGAACUGCUGCAGAGUUGUUCAUGUGUGAUCCGAAAGCCUUAGAGGAUUCCCUUUGCAAACGCGUAAUUGUAACUCGCGAUGAAACCAUCACGAAAUGGCUGGAUCCAGAAGCAGCAGCUGUCAGUAGAGAUGCAUUGGCGAAAGUUGUUUACUCAAGGCUGUUUGACUGGCUUGUGGAUAAGAUUAAUUGUUCAAUUGGUCAAGACCCAAACUCAAAGUCUCUAAUUGGAGUGUUGGAUAUCUAUGGAUUUGAGAGUUUCAAGACAAACAGCUUUGAGCAAUUUUGCAUCAAUUUAACAAAUGAGAAGCUUCAGCAACACUUCAAUCAGCACGUUUUCAAAAUGGAGCAAGAAGAAUAUACCAAAGAAGAAAUUAAUUGGAGCUACAUCGAAUUCAUUGAUAACCAAGACGUCUUAGACCUCAUUGAAAAGAAACCUGGUGGCAUAAUAUCUCUUCUGGAUGAAGCUUGUAUGUUCCCAAGAUCAACUUAUGAAACCUUUGCCAACAAGCUGUACCAGACAUUCACAAACCACAAACGUUUCACUAAGCCAAAGUUAUCACGGUCUGAUUUCACUAUUUGUCACUAUGCUGGGGAUGUUACCUACCAAACGGAAUUGUUUCUGGACAAAAACAAAGAUUAUGUUAUUGCCGAACAUCAAGCGCUCCUGAAUGAUUCCAAAUGUUCCUUCGUGUCGGGUUUGUUUCCACCUUCAACUGAGGAGUCCUCUAAGCAAUCAAAGUUCUCUUCAAUAGGUGCACGGUUCAAGCAACAAUUACAAGCGUUGCUUGAAACUCUUAGUUCAAGUGAACCUCAUUAUAUUCGGUGUGUGAAGCCCAAUAAUCUUCUUAAGCCAGCUAUUUUUGAGAAUAGCAAUGUUCUACAACAACUACGCUGUGGGGGGGUCAUGGAGGCAAUCCGGAUAAGUUGCGCGGGUUAUCCUACAAGAAAACCUUUCCUUGAAUUUGUAGAUCGAUUUGGUAUCCUUGCACCUGAAGUUUUGGACGGAAGUACGGAUGAGGUUGCUGCUUGCAAAAGGCUUCUUGAGAAAGUGGGAAUGGAAGGGUAUCAGAUCGGUAAGACAAAGGUGUUUCUACGGGCUGGUCAGAUGGCGGAACUGGAUGCCAGAAGAACUGAGGUCUUAGGAAGAUCAGCAAGCAUUAUUCAGAGGAAAAUCCGUUCUUACAUGGCCCGCAAAAGUUUCUUCUUGCUCCGUCUGUCUGCAAUACGAAUUCAAUCAGUGUGCAGAGGAGAACUUGCUCGUCAAGUUUAUGAGAACAUGAGGAGAGAAGCUUCUUGCCUGAGAAUUCAAAGAGAUUAUCGUAUGCAUCUUGCAAGGAAAGUGUACAAUGAGUUGUGCUACUCUGCUGUUUCUAUUCAGACUGGUAUGCGUGGGAUGACUGCUCGUAAUGAGCUUCGCUUCAGAAGGCAGACAAAGGCUGCUAUUAUUAUUCAGAGUCACUGUCGCAAGUACUUGGCUUGGUUGCACUAUAUGAAAUUGAAGAAAGCUGCAAUCACCACACAGUGUGCAUGGAGGGGAAAAGUUGCUAGAAGUGAACUGCGGAAGCUUAAGAUGGCUGCAAGGGAAACCGGUGCUCUCCAAGCUGCCAAAAACAAACUUGAGAAGCAAGUUGAAGAACUAACAUGGCGAUUGCAGCUGGAGAAACGCAUGAGAGCUGACGUGGAAGAAGCCAAAACCCAAGAAAAUGCAAAAUUGCAAUCUGCUUUGCAAGAGAUGCAACUCCAGUUCAAAGAAACUAAAGAAACUCUUAUGAAGGAACGUGAGGCUUCCAAAAAGGCAGCGGAGCAAAUCCCUGUCAUACAGGAGGUUCCAGUCGUUGACCAUUCAUUGAUGGAUAAGAUUACUGCUGAAAAUGAGAAACUUAAGGCCUUGGUUAGUUCCUUAGAGAAGAAAAUCGAUGAAACAGAGAAAAAAUAUGAGGAGACGAACAAACUUAGUGAGGAGAGAUUGAAGCAGGCUUUGGAGGCAGAAUCAAAGAUAAUUCAUCUGAAGACUAAUAUGCAAAGGCUUGAAGAAAAAAUGUUCGAGAUGGAAUCUGAGGGCCAAAUUCUUCGGCAGCAAUCUUUGCUUAGCACACCUGCUACACGCUCGUCAGCACUUCCACCAACUCCACCUACCAAAGUAAGUAACUUGGAGAAUGGUUACAAUUCCAAUGAAGAGAAUAGAGCCAAUGAACCACAAAGUGUCACACCUGCUAAGAAGUAUGGAACAGAAUCCGAUAGCAAGUUUAGAAGAUCCAUCCUUGAUCGUCAGCAUGAGAGUGUUGAUGCACUUAUCAACUGCAUUAUGAAGGAUGUUGGGUUCAGCCAAGGCAAGCCUGUUGCAGCAUUUACCAUUUACAAAUGCCUUCUCCAUUGGAAAUCUUUUGAGGCGGAAAGGACUAGCGUGUUUGAUCGUCUCAUUCAGAUGUUUGGUUCAGCUAUUGAGGAUCAAGAGGACAAUGAACACAUGGCAUACUGGCUAUCAAAUACCUCUUCAUUGUUGUUUUUGCUCCAAAGUAGUUUAAAAGGUGCUGGUUCAUCUGGGGCAUCUUCACAUCGAAAGCCACCUGCUCCUACGUCACUGUUUGGAAGGAUGACAAUGGGAUUUCGGUCUUCUCCCUCUUCUGCGAGUCUUGCUGCACCUCCACUUGAAAUAGUACGCCAAGUUGAUGCCAAAUACCCAGCUCUGCUUUUCAAGCAACAGCUCACAGCUUAUGUGGAGAAAAUCUAUGGAAUCGUUCGAGACAACUUGAAGAAAGAGUUGGCAUCACUGCUUUCCUUGUGUAUUCAGGCACCAAGAACAUCCAAGGGAAGUGCCCUAAGAUCUGGGAGGUCCUUUGGCAAAGAUUCCCCUGCAAAUCACUGGCAGAGCAUUAUUGAAUGUCUCAACUCGCUUCUCUGUACAUUGAAAGAAAAUUUUGUUCCUCCGGUUCUUGUUCAAAAGAUCUAUAGUCAGACAUUUUCGUAUAUUAAUGUCCAACUCUUCAAUAGCCUUCUUCUACGUCGCGAGUGUUGUACUUUCAGCAAUGGGGAAUAUGUCAAAGCUGGGUUGGCAGAAUUGGAGCUUUGGUGCUGCCAGGCAAAAGAUGAGUAUGCAGGGUCAGCUUGGGAUGAGCUUAAGCACAUCAGACAAGCUGUUGGGUUCUUGGUUAUACAUCAGAAGUAUAGAAUUUCCUACGAUGAAAUUACCAACGAUCUUUGCCCUAUUUUGAGUGUCCAGCAACUAUAUAGAAUAUGCACAUUGUACUGGGAUGACAACUAUAACACUCGAAGUGUAUCUCCAGAUGUCAUUUCAAGCAUGAGGGUACUAAUGACAGAAGACUCGAACAGUGCUGUCAGCAGUUCCUUUUUGUUGGAUGACAAUUCCAGCAUUCCGUUUUCGGUUGACGACCUCUCAAAGUCAUUGCAAGAGAAGGACUUUUCUGAUGUCAAAGCCGCCACGGAACUUAUUGAGAAUCCUGCCUUCCAGUUUUUAGAUGAGUGAGGCUCAGGAAUUUCAAGCAUGGUUUCUCCUAUUCUGCUGUAAUAGGCGCGCCGGUUAAUUACAACUACUUGGAAAAGUACAUGGUGUUUGUAAAUCCAUUUGUUUGUUAUUUUAAUUUUCCUCAUAGUGUUUCUCUAUUGAUUCAUUUUUCUCCACAUCCCUGCCCAUUUUGUAAAAUUAGUUUUUGCAUUUAGAUUUGUACAAUAUCUAUAGUAAAACUGGCAGAGGAUUAUAUCUUUUCCAUCAUGGGGAACCUGGGGAAGUUCCUCUUUUUUCCCCUCUUUUUCUGGGAAUUGUUUGAUUCUUCUUCCAAUAGGGGGCAUCAUUGUUUUUAGAGAGUUCAGGAGAAAUUUUUUUCUACUCCUAUGAUAGUGAUUUGGUGAUCUUACAGUUUUGUUAUCUUUUCAAGCAAACAGAUCAUAUGAAACAUGUAUUUAUUUGGUGAUUGUGUUUUUGUACUCGGAUCCCUCGUAAUGGAAUUUAUCGAUUGAACAUGUUGAUUAA